UACUUUUUCAGUCUUUUAUUGCCCCCGUCCCAACUUUUUUAGACGUGUUGCGGCAAUCAAAUUCAAAAUGACAUCAUUCUUGUCUUAAAAUGGUCUCCAGGAAGAGGGAUGUCUUGGACUCAGGGGUCAUUACAUCGUAUCCAUGCACAUUGCAGGACUGCAAAGGCAGGGAGCUUCUUCCUGUAAUUUGCCAACAUUGUCAAAAACAUUUCUGUUUUGUUCAUCGGCAUCAGGAAGACCAUAAGUGUGAGAAGUUGGAGACACCCCAGCCUCGAAUGGUGGCAACACAGGAACUUGUGCAAAAAAUAGUAGAAUCAAAGAAGAAUGCACCGACCAGUAAAGGCAGAAAAGGAGCCAAGAAUAGUGCUACAGCUGCUAAAGUUGCCCUUAUGAAGCUAAAGCUACAUGCUACUGGAGAUAAAGGACUGCCACAGACAGAGCGGACAUAUUUCCAGGUGUUUCUGCCUAAAGAUCUGAACACAUCCAGCCUGCCCAUGUUCUUUAGCUCCAAGUGGACUGUGGGUAAAGUGGUCGAUUUUGCAGCAGCUCAGGCCAGCCUAAAGAACAACAACAAUGUGCUCACAGCCAAGAAACUGCGCUUGUGCCAUCCUGAAACCGGGGAGGCCAUUAAAAUGGAUGCAUGUCUCCAGGCGCUGCUCUCACUCUCAGAUUCUCCUCUCUAUAAUGGAGGCAAUGUUAUCUUGGAAUAUCUGGAUAAUGAGAGCUCUGGAGUCGAAGAUGUCACAGCCUACAUUUCUUCCUCUUGAUCUAAAUUGCUAACUUACAAUUAAGCAUUUGGAUUCAAGAUCUCUCCAAGAACUCUUCGUGCUCUAUGUUAUCAUUUAGGUCAGUGGCCAGACUCCAGUGCUGUGAUUGGAGAAAACUAACAUUGUGAUUUAGAUUAUGCAGGCAAUUGUUGGAGUAUGCACUGUUUAUUUCUGUUUGUCUUAUUAUAUCUGUCUAAAACAUGCUUUUUCACCUGGUAGCUGGUAUAAAAAUAAAAAAAAAAAGGUUAUCUUUGUGGUUAAUUUGCUUAAACUCACACUGAAACAUGAGCGGUGUCUAACAUUUAAUUCAAAGCAGGGUCCAAAUUACGGGGUGUUUGGGAGGGCCUGACCCCCUAAAUAAGGCUUGAUCCCUCCUGAUGGACGUUAAAACAGGGUGUAGGGGUGGACGUUUUCAUAUACACUACGAAACCACCCCUAAAAUGGUUCGUACGGUCGAUGCAUAAGCAUGCCCAGUAGGCUAAAUGCAGGAAAUACCACGCAAUCGUGCACUCAAUUGUCUGAAUGCAAUAAAGAGAACUCGGGAGAUACUGUGUUGGAAAAACACUUUCUUGCAAAAUAAAUGUAAUCUAAAUAUAGUUGUA